AUGUUAUCUAGAACAUUAAUUCGUAGACCAUCGAUAACGCCUUCACCUCGCCACCUAUGGUCCAAUGAUCCUGAAACAGCUAAAAUACGUCGUUCAUUAAUCAUCUAUUGGAUUCGAUCAUCAGUUCUUUUUUGGAUACUGAUUUUGCUUAUUGCACUUAUCUAUCUUGGUAGUGGCGUGAAUCCACUAUGGCAUACAACUUCACUGGAUGUGUUUGUAACGAACUUUGAUGAUGGUCUAGCAGGUAGUUACUUUCUUAGCGCAUUCUCUAAUACACCGCCUGGUAAUCAAACGCUGAAAUGGAUUUUUCAGCAGCCGUCCGUUCUCCCAGCAGAGCUUGAUGAACAAAUCGAAGAUGGCAACGCUUGGGCAUCUGUAUAUAUGAAUGCUGGUACAAGUGCUCAUCUUACUCAAGUUCUCCAAUCGAUUCUGAGUGGAAAUGCCACAAGUCUUUCUUAUAACCCAGCAUCGGCAGUGACAAUAGUCUAUGAUGAAGGUCGCAAUUUCAAUACAAUCAAUGGAUACGUUUUGCCACCGAUUAAAGCAGCCAUUGCUGUUGCUAGUGCUCAGUAUGCAAAAUAUUUUCAGUCUCAACUUAGUCAAUAUUCUAAUAUAACACUUACAAAUGUUAUCACAUCUAUUUUGGUUGCAAGUGUUACCCACUCACCUAUUAGUUAUACAAAUCAAAAUUUACAUCCAGCUACGCCCUACGCUGCUAUACUGGCUACAUCAUUAGGAUAUCUCUUUCUUUGGUUGAUUAUGCUAGCGUUGGUUGGCGCGAUAACACGUUUAACUCAGCCGCUUGCUGGCAAAAUCAAAAUCAUCGACAUUGUAUUGAUACGUAUUGUAAAUAGUAUUUUCAAUGGUCUCAUCAUAUCUCUUAUCUAUAGUCUGUGUGUACUAUGGUUUGCUGAUUUUACUAGCCCUGUUCCAUUUAUUCGUUUUUGGCUUUUUAACUGGCUUGCCACAAUCACAUUUACUGUCAUCAUUGUUUUGCUCAUUAUCAAUUUAGGUGCUCUAGCCCAGUUAGUUUUGCAGCUCUUUCUUAUUAUCAAUCUAGCUGCAGCGACAACUAACGUAACGAUCGAAUUGCAAAAUAAGUUCUACCAUAUUGGGUACGGUUUACCUCUAUAUCAUUGCUUUAAUGCAGGUCGUCAUCUACUAUUCGGAUCACAUACUAGACUCAAUGUUGACAUUGCUGUACUGUUUGCGUAUUAUUUUGGUGCAACUAUUCUCACCCUCAUCACUGGUAUUUAUCGAAUGCGUAAACAAGAACAGGAAAUUCUCGAAAAGAAUCGUAAGGAGAAUCAGAAAACCAAUCCAGGCAUCGCGAAAAAACAGACUAAUAAGAAAACUUAA